UCCUGUUGCCUUUUGGGCGUUUUUUUUACACCCCCUACCCCAAGAGUUCAUACAUAAUUACACCCCAUGCCACUCUCACAUCUUACCUUCUGAGUUUUUUUACUGACCUUCCUUUUAAAAGUUGUAACAUUAUUACAGCUCUUGCCAUUCAUCCUUUUUGUUUGUAUACUACUACUAGCUUAAAACUUUAUUGUCCAGUUGAUUCUCCAGAUGGCUUCUUCCCGAUUUUGGUAACUCACUUCUCAGUAGCACAUGAUCUGCCCAGGGCUGCACUUUAUCCCAGAUUUCAAUUUGUCUUCGUCUGUUGACCUUUGAAGAGUAUUCCAAAUAUUCCAGCUUCAUUUCCUUUUCAGGUGACUGCUUUAAGGGUAAUUACAAUCACUUGAAACUUGAUAAUUUUACCUCUCUACUUUCAGAUUGUGCUUCUGCCUCAAAACGAAGAAGGCAUACUCUACAAUCUCAAGGAAAUUCAGCAAUACCAGUUUUUAAGGAGAACAUUACAGGUCCCUUUUAUAAUUUUCUUGAGUAGUUGUUUUCUUUAGCAAAUGAUUUAAGAUUAUUGCAUUUUUAAGAUUCUUGAGUAGUUGUUCUUUAGCAAUAUGUCCAUUUUUAUACCCUUUUAAUGUUCUCAUAUAUUACUGUUAGGACAAGUAGAUGGCAAUAAUGAUGAUAGUUCUGGUAAGGGACAAAGAUCAGGUUCUUCAAGAACACCUAUGUCCCACAGUACUAAUUUCAGCAGCAUUGAACAAAGAUCAACAAUUUCAAGGACACUUCCUUCCAAUUGUCCAAAUUACACCAGCAUGGGAUUUAGUACACCUUCUUCAAGAAUUACUUUAUCAAAUAUUACCAACCUCAACAGCCCAGGAAUGAAUUCUACAAUGCAUCUCAAUAAUGACGAUGUUCUUAUGUCUGAGAGUAAUGGUCAAUCCCAGCCAGAAGGUCCUUCUGUUAAUAAAUUAAGCAGAGCUGGGAUUGGUCCUUUCAAAAGCACAGGGAGCAACACACCUUAUCAUCCAAGGAUUGAGGAUGUUCUGGUGAAAGGAACAGCUUUUAAAAGACCUUCUGAGUCAAGAAUUCCUCUAUCAAAUAUUACAAACUUGAACAAAGAAGGAAACAAUACAUCUUUGCAUUGCAACAAUUAUGAUGUUCAUAUGUCAAGUUCUAAUGUCACAUCUCAGACAUUGGCUACUCCUGUUAAUAAACAGAGUAGAACUACCAAAAUUAGAGCUCCCCCUCGAAAAAAAGACCCUAUAAUAUCUCGGAAGAGUAAAAAGUUUGAUGCUGAAAAACUCGCUCAGUGUAGUUCUCAAUUAUUUGGAGAUAUACGCAAUGAUUCAUCAGUGCCAAUAGAGGAAACCGAUGAUGACUUUGGUGAUCAAACUCAUAUAACUCAGGAUGCUGACAUUCUUUAUGAUGGCGAUUUGCUUAAUGAUGAUGAUGAUGUUGAAGACAACAUUUUUGUACCUGAUGAAGGCAUACCUACUGAUUCUGGUUAUGCAAGUUUGGGACCUCCCUCUUCUAAAUGUCUGAAAUGUGGAUCUAUAAUGUGGAAGGAAGAGCGCGUGAACAAGAAUGUCACCAAAGGAACUCCUGAAUUUUAUGUUUGUUGUGGCAAGGGUCAGAUCAAGCUCCCAAAAGCUCCUCCUACCCCUCUAUAUCUUCAACAGUUGUACAAUGAUCCAGUAAAAGGGAAAAAUUUCAAGAAUAAUAUUCGUUUGUACAACACGAUGUUUGCGUUUACAUCCAUGGGUGGGAAGGUUGAUCAUUCUGUAAAUAAUGGAUCUGGUCCUUUCAUCUACCGACUACACGGCCAGAAUCACCAUGUCUUUGGUUCUUUGUUGCCUAACGAGGGUGAUGACCCCAAAUUCUGUCAGUUGUAUAUAUACGAUACUGAAAAUGAAGUUGAGAACCGAAUGAAGUGGGUUAGGGUUGAUAAUGGUGAAGCAGUAGAUGUCAAUGUUGUCACCAGUCUUUUGGAGAUGCUUGAGGCUACAAAUGAAUUAGUUCCAUUCUUCCGUAUGGCACGUGAUCGUUUCAAAGAUGAUCCUGUACAAGACCUGAAAAUAGUCAUGAAAGUUUGUCGUGCUGUAAGUGGUCGUGAAAAUUUUAUUGGACCAUCCAAUGAGGUUGGAGCAAUCAUGGUUGGUGACUUGGAAGAUACAUGUGGUUCUCGUGAUAUUAUUAUUGAAAGCAAGAUUGGUGGUCUCGAACGAAUAUCCGAUAUCCAUCCCAAGUUGAUGGCAUUACAAUAUCCUCUUCUUUUCCCCAACGGUGAAGAUGGAUACCACGAUGAUAUCCCUUAUGAGAAAACAAAAAACUACGAAGGCAAAAAGCGAAAGCAAGUUACAAUGAAGGAGUAUUAUUCCUACAGGCUCCAAGUGCGUCAUAAUGAAGGUUGCACUGCUCGGCUUGGUGGCAGGCUUUUCCAACAAUACAUCGUUGAUGCUUUUUCCGCAAUUGAACAAGCUCGGUUAUGGUGGUUCCGAACUCACCAGACUACCCUGCGUAAUGAUCUUUACAGUAAUAUUAAAGCAAGUCUUAGGACAGGAGAGAAUAGUACCAAUAAUGUUGGUAAAGGUUUUGUACUACCUGCCAGUUUUCUUGGUUCGAAGAGGUAUAUGCAACAAUGCUUCCAAGAUGCUCUUGCUGUAUGUCGCCAUAUUGGUCACCCCGACAUUUUUCUUACAAUGACGACAAACCCAAUGUGGGAUGAAAUAGCAGAGAUGAUGAAACUUCUUCCAGGCUGUCUUUCAGUUGAUUGUCCAGAUAUUAUUGCCCGUGUUUUUAAACUCAAACUUGAUCAGCUUAUGGACGACAUAAAGAACAAGAAAUAUUUUGGAGAAUGCGUAGCCAUAAUGUAUGUUGUGGAGUUCCAGAAACGAGGUCUCCCACACGUGCACAUGCUGAUAUGGCUUGACAUGGAAUCAAAGAAAAAACUCAAUUCAAAUGUGGAUAGUUUUGUAUCUGCUGAAAUUCCUGAUCCCGAAAAGGAUCCUGCUGGUUAUAAAGCUGUUGCAAAGCACAUGAUUCACGGUCCAUGUGGAUUGGAGAAUACCAAGUCUCCUUGCAUGAAGAACUUUAAAUGUUCUAAGCAUUUCCCGAAAAAGUACUGUUCUCAAACAACAUUUGAUCAAUCUGGUUUUCCCAUCUAUAAGCGUAGAAAUACGGGAAUAACUGUUAAGAAAGGCAAAUCAGAACUUGACAACCAAUAUGUUGUUCCAUACAAUAGAGAUUUGCUGGUAAGAUACCAGUGUCACAUGAACGUUGAAAUUUGUUGUCAUGCGCGUAGUUUAAAGUAUUUGUUUAAAUACUGUCUCAAAGGACAUGACCGUGCUACUGUUGAGGUUAGUAAAAAGGACAAUCCUGAUUCUACAAUGGAAAAGGCUCCUGUAGAUGAAAUAAAGGCGUACUUUGAUGGACGUUAUAUAUGUGGUUGUGAGGCUGCAUAUCGUAUUUUUGGAUAUGAUGUACACUACCGGUCAAUUUCUGUUGCCCGCCUUUCAUUCCACCUGCCUGGAAAGCGUAAUGUCACAUUUCGAGAAAAUGAUGAGUUGCAGAAAGUUGUUGAGAGGGAGAAAUACAAGCGCAGCCAAUUGGAAGCUUUUUUUGAGUUGAACCAAAGGGAUCACAAUGCCAGAAAGUAUACGUAUGAUGAGAUUCCAAAGUACUAUGUAUGGAAUGAAUCUGAUUGUAUAUGGACCAUGCGUAAAAGAGGAAACCAGAUUGGUCGGCUCCUAUAUACCCACCACAGCUCUGGUGAGAUUUGGUAUUUGCGUUUAUUACUUACCAAAGUACGUGGUCCUACUUCAUUUGACAAGUUGAAAACUGUAGAUGGUGUUGUCUAUAAGACCUUUAAGCAGGCAUGUCAGAAAUAUGGUUUCCUAGAUGAUGACAAUGAAUGGACCGAAGUACUGGAAGAGUGCUCCAAGUGUGGUUUUCCAGGCCAGAUUCGAGAACUUUUUGUACAUAUCAUGGUUAACUGUCAAGUAUCAGAUCUUGGUACAUUAUGGAAGAAACACUGGAAGGCAAUGUCGGAUGAUAUCAUCAUGUUACGUAGGAAAAAAACUGGAACAGAAAGCAGUUUGAGUGACAAGCAGCUUCAGUUUUUUGCUCUUGCAGAGAUUGAUAAGAUUCUGAGAUCUAUAGGAAAAUCAUUAAAGCAAUAUGGGCAACUACCGCAACCACCUGCAGCGUUUCUUGAACAUGGUUCUGACAAUUUAAUUGUGGAUGAAACAAGUUAUGACAUAAAUGAAAUGGAAGAAGAAUUCAACAAGUUGUUCCCAAACUGUAAUGCAGAACAACUUGAAUUAUAUAAUGCUGUUUUCAAUUCAGUUGAAAAAGGUGAAGGUGGUCUUUUUUUUGUUUACGGGAGUGGUGGGUGCGGCAAGACUUAUGUAUGGAAAACUUUGAUAUACAAGCUUCGUUCGCUGGGUAAGAUUGUACUACCAGUUGCCUCCUCCGGUAUUGCUGCUACACUGAUGCCAGGAGGUCGUACUGCUCAUUCAAGGUUUAAAAUUCCAAUUGUGCUGGAUGAAGAUUCUUCAUGUUCUAUAGCUCAUAAUUCAGAUAUAGCUCAGCUCAUAAAGCAUACCAGCCUUAUAAUAUGGGAUGAAGCUCCGAUGCAGCAUCGCUAUGCUUUUGAGUGCCUUGACCGUUCUCUCAGAGAUAUUAUGAAAUCAGUCAGUCCAGAAAAAGCUGAAAUUCCUUUCGGUGGCAUAACCGUUUUGCUUGGCGGCGAUUUUCGUCAGAUUCUCCCUGUGAUUGAUAUGGGCUCAAGAGGUGACAUUGUUUCUGCCUGUAUUACAAGAUCUAGGUUAUGGCGUGCUGCAACUAUUUUCGUCCUUAAACAGAACAUGCGCCUCACCCAAGGAAAGACUCAAGAGGAAGUUCAAAGUUUGAGAAAGUUUGCAGAGUGGGUACUUCAAGUUGGUAAUGGCAAAUUGGAUCCUCCAUCAGAUUCAUCACUAUGCGAGAACGAAGAUGAUAUUAUUGUUCCUGCUGAUUUCUGUGAUCCUCAGAUGUCUAAUACUGUGGACAACAUGAUAAAAUGGACAUAUCCAGAUUUCACAACAAACUAUCAGAAAAGUAAAUACCUCAGCGAGCGUGCAAUAUUAACACCGACUAAUCAUACUGUAGGCCAACUGAAUUCAGUUAUUGUUGAUUCAAUACCUGGCGAAAUCUUCUCUUACUACAGUAUUGACAGAGCUGAGGACUUCGGCGGUACUGCUUCUGACUUAAACUUUGCUUUUCCACCUGAAUAUUUGAAUGCAUUCAACAUUCCUGGAUUGCCACCGCAUGAGUUGAGGUUGAAGGUAGGUGCUGCUGUCAUGCUCAUGAGAAACCUAAACCAAACACUUGGUCUUUGCAAUGGUACCCGAAUGAUGGUUACAAAAUGUCUUAAGCAUUGUGUCCAGUGUGAAGUCAUUUGUGGUGCAUUUGUUGGCACCCGUCAUUUUAUUCCAAGAAUGGAGCUAUGUCCAACGGAAUCAAAGUUACCAUUCAAAUUAUUACGGAAACAGAUGCCAUUACAAAUUUGCUACUCAAUGACAAUCAACAAGUCACAGGGGCAAUCUCUCGAGAGUGUUGGCUUAUUCUUGCCUAAGCCUGUUUUUACUCACGGACAGUUUUAUGUUGCUGUCAGCAGAGUCACUUCACCGCAAGGCCUUAGGAUUUUCAUUGAUGCUGAUAAUGGAAGUUCCACUAAUAUCACGCAAAAUAUAGUAUACAAAGAGGUAUUCUAUAAUUUGCCUGAUGUUCAGUAAACUUCUUCCUUUUUUGGGUUUAUCAAGGAUUAUUUUUUGGAAACAAGAUGUAAUCUGAUUAAGUCAGUCUGAGAUUUGAUGUCUACGAAGGUGUUACAU